AUGAAGCUCACUCUCCUCUGUUCUUCAGUUGUCUCCAGUCUUCCUAUUUUUACCAAGCUGGUGCUGUUCUUGGUACAUCUUCCUUUGUUCCCUGAAUUGUUGCGGUUCUUGGUUUAUCCUCCACUAUUCAUCUGUUUGAGCCUCUAUUUGAAUUACAAAGUUGAUGAAAUUGAAGAUGGGGAUGUAAUGUUGGAUCCAUGUGAUUAUAAUUUGUUGAUCUUCUUGGUGACCAGCUCAAAUGAGUAUGGUAUGGAGUGGGUAAAAUAUUCUAGGUUUGUGGAUUCCUUGUAUCAAAGGUUUUGUGAUAAGGUUUCAAAAUAUGGUGAGGCGCCUAUGACAGAACUUGUUGGACUUUUAUGCCCUCUAUUAGUUACCUGCAAACCACAUGAUUAG